UUUUAACCCUAUAAUCUGAACAUGGUAACAAAUGUAAGCUGUAAAUAUUAACGCAAGAGCAUGCAAGAUUCUAAAAUACGUUACAUAAAAAUGUAAACGAAAUUGUUGUAACAAUUAAUAAUUAUUGUAUUUACAAUUAAAAAGUUUAUUUUAUUGUCUGUUAUAUUAUCGAAGACGAUCGAUCAAUUGCUGUUCGCUAAUAUUCGAUUGUUAAAUAUCUCCGAUAUAUGUUUGCACCAAUGUGAUAAUCAGCAAUGAACAUAAUUCACUGUGCUGCUAAUCACAGUAGGUCAACAAGUAUGGCUGCUAAAAAACUGAUAUAUCCAGCGGCAGAACGUAAUAAGGAUCCUAUUUUAUCAGUUUUACGACGAUACAUACAACCAGGUACUGAUCAGAAGUUUCUGGAAAUAUCUUCCGGUUCAGGACAACAUAUAGCGCAUUUUGCUCCUCAUUUUCCACAUGUUACAUUUUAUCCUUCAGAAUAUGAAACACAAUUAUUAGAAAGUAUUGCCGCACAUGCUAAUGGAUUUUCUAAUAUAAGAAAACCUUUAAAGAUAGACAUUACCACUGAUUAUCGAUUAUGGGGUAAUGGUAUUUUUUCGGAAAAUAGUAUAGAUUACAUAUACAAUUCUAAUAUGAUGCACUGUGCACCAUAUCAGUGCUCCAUCGGUUUAUUUAAAAAUGUUGGAAAAUUAUUAAAAUCUAAUGGUAUUUUAUUUACAUAUGGCCCUUAUGCUAUUGAUGGUAUUAUUACUCCGGAAAGUAAUAUACAAUUCAAUAAAUCAUUAAACUCUAUGAAUCCUGAUUGGGGUCUUAGAGAGUUGAGAGAAUUAGAAAAUUUAGCAAAAGAAAACAAUAUUAAUCUUGUAGAAACCUUUGAUAUGCCUUCUAAUAACAAAGUAAUUAUUUGGAAAAAAAUUUAAAUCCUAUUUGACGCAAAGUAUCGUAUACUAAUAUACAAUA